CGCCUCGCCCAGCGCGCCCGAGCCGCGCAGCAGCCGCGGGCCGCCGAGCUCAUGACUGGCGGGUGCUAUGCCGCCGGCGCUCCGGGACGGCUCUCCACGUGCCGAGCCGCCGCCGCACCGCCGCCCUCGUUACACCCUCGACUCUAGCUCGUACACAAAAACGCACGCGAUCGCGCGUCUCACGGCUACCGGAAUGUAAAUAUUUAUGGAUGUCAGUUUUCAGUUGUUUAGAUUGGCUGUGAAUUUUAAGGUGAAAAUGAAACCGACCAGGCGUGUUCGCGUACAUGAAGAUGCUAUUCGUCAUAGUGAGAGUAAGAUUGGCGGCGACCGGCUGGCGACGCCGCGGAUGUCGCUGCUCGGCAAACCGCUCAGCUACCGCGCCACGCGUCGCGACGCGCGAUACCGCCGCUUACAGUCCAAGUUCUACAACUUCCUCGAACGACCAAGGGGGGCAAAAGCUGUCCUUUAUCAUAUGAUUGUGUUCCUGAUGGUGUUCAUGUGCCUGUCACUUUCCGUAUUCUCUACCAUCGAGGAAUACGAAGCAAAAGCUGGAAUUGUCCUAUUCUACAUGGAAACUGUCGUUGUCAUCUGGUUCGCGAUCGAAUUCUUUUUAAGGUUGUGGUCAUCAGGAUGUCGCUCUCGGUAUCAAGGUUCAAUGGGGCGCCUCAAAUUCCUGAGGCGGCCGUUUUGUAUUAUAGAUGUCACCACGAUCCUGGCAUCGCUGGUGGUGCUGGGCAUGGGGUCAUCCGGGCAGGUGUUCGCCGCGUCCGCGCUGCGCGGGCUGCGUUUCUUUCAAAUCCUGCGCAUGGUGCGCAUGGACCGGCGCGGGGGCACCUGGAAACUGCUCGGCUCGGUUGUUUACGCUCACAGACAGGAACUCAUCACGACACUCUACAUCGGCUUCCUCGGAUUAAUAUUUGCUUCAUUUUUGGUGUAUUUGGCAGAAAAAGAUGUAGCAGAUACAAAAUUUAAAAAUUUUGCCGAGGCGUUAUGGUGGGGUGUGAUCACGCUGUGCACGGUAGGGUACGGCGACAUGGUCCCGCAGACCUGGCAGGGGAAGUUUAUCGCGUCCUUCUGUGCGCUGCUAGGAAUAUCCUUCUUUGCGCUCCCUGCUGGUAUUCUCGGAUCUGGGUUUGCCCUUAAAGUACAACAACAACAACGACAGAAGCACAUGAUACGGAGACGCCAACCAGCCGCCACGCUUAUACAAGCGUUGUGGAGGUGUUACGCCGCGGACGAACAUUCUAUGAGUAUAGCGACGUGGAAGAUACAUCAAAUUCCACUGCCUAGUCCACAAACAAGUCGCGUGAUGAGUGCCUCGUUCAAGAACAAUGCGUCCUUUGUGUCGCGGCUGCCGACGAUCCGCCGCCACAAGAGCACCUCGCUGCACUCGCCCGCGCCGCACGCCAAGCCCGCCGUCUCGCAUCACCGCUACGAUGUCAACGCCAGCGCUGAGAAUCUAGGCGCGACGAACGGCCGCACUGGGCGCCCCAGGCACGGCAACUCCUACAGCGAGGACUCUGUGGCAGAAACGGCGCUCUCCAAGAAAAACUCCGACGACGAAGAUGACGAACCGCGCUGCGUGACACUUACGCCUCGACACAAAGCCGCCAUUCGAUUUAUAAGAAAGAUGAAGUAUUUUGUGGCUCGACGUAAGUUUAAAGAAGCUCUAAAGCCGUACGACGUUAAGGAUGUAAUUGAGCAAUACUCAGCCGGCCACGUGGAUCUGCUGGGCCGAGUGAAAAACGUCCAGACUAGGUUAGACCAAAUACUUGGGAAACAAGGAUCGAAAGCUAAAGAUGUAUAUGCAUCCAAAAUCAGUCUUGCUUCCAGAGUAGUUAAAAUUGAAAGACAAGUAGAUGAUAUAGAAAGUAAGUUGGAUCAUUUAUUAGAAUUGUACGAGGAGGAUAGACAGGGAGCACGUAGAAUAGCAAGUGGGACGAACGGCGGAGAAGGGGGCUCUUCUAAUGAGGGGGCGACGCUGACGUUGCGGGGACGAGCGGCGCUGACCGACAAGCAAUGCUCGGAGCCCAACUCGCCGGUGUCGCGCAGCUUCGAGCCUCCAGCACCGGCGUCCGCCCCGUCCCUGCCGCACAAACGGCCUAUGAAUAGAGGUUACUCAGAUCUGGGUACCAGGUUCAUGAGGAAAAAAGUCAUCGUUAAGACGUCAUCAAGUAGGAAUGGUGAAUCUCCAAGAGAAGAUGAAGUGGUAAUAGUCGUGCCCACGGACCGAGAGGAUACACCUCCAAGGCUUGUAACAGAUAGUUCAGAGGUUUGUGCGAGUUGUUCCGUGGAUGUGGAAACCGAGGCGGAGGCGGGUGCGUCCGGCAGUUCAGGGUCCGCGUCGUGGUGCGAGGGCGACGCGAACGAGGAGCGGGGGUACGGCUCCGGGGACUCGCUGGCCGAGGACGCGGCUCUCCUCGGCGACGUGCCGCAUGCGCAUGCGCCGCGGAUUGUGCGCGCGCAGAGGCGGGACGUCGUCGCCGUAGAUCUGCAUCUAUUACAUCCCGAUGUCUAAAAAAGUACGAACUAUACAGUGUAUCAAAUAGGAUAAGUUUUAAAACUGUUUAUAAAUCCUCUGCUUCGAGUGCAGUAAAACAAGCGUAUCUCCAAAAUUCUUUAUGUUAAAUAACGGAUGUGCUGUGAAUAAGCUAAAAAUAAUUUAUAUAGUAACUUUAUUCCCUACGCAAUAUAUCAUACGGUCCUAACAAUCGACAAUUGUGUAAUUGAUUAUAAAGGUCAGUUCACACGGAGAGGUGAUGAAACACGACGACACUGCCAUGGAUGAUUUAAAACUUAACUUUAUCUACACUUAACUUUAUCUACUUAGUCGAUAUCCAUUGCGCCUCAUGGCCUCAUUAUCGUGUAGGUUAUAACGAUAUUUAACUAUCGAAAUUGCACGCGUCUCACCUCGGUGUGAACUGAGCCAAGGUUUUAGUUGUUAUGGAUUUAAAAUGAAAUCUACACGCAAUGCGGCAAAUUUAGUUUUUUUCUCACAUUUCUUUAAUACAAAUAAAUAUAAAAAAGAAGCUGCUGUUUUAGAUAGGUGCUUAUAAAGCGAAAAAAGCAAUCAUUUUAGAGUGAUUGAAUAGUUUUAAUAAAGUGUGUCUUGUGCAACUCCAAUAAAACUGUCGAACAACGAUUUAUGAAUAUUGUGGUUAAUCUAAGUGUCAUUGAUUUCACUCAUAUAUUGUAAGUUAUGUAUAAAUAUUUAAUAAUGACCAAAGACUCGAAAAUAGAAGUGGCUGUAGAUUAAAAUAUUUACAAGUAUUUACUACGCUUAAUUAGUAAAUUUUUAUAUUCUUGCUUUGAAACAGGUUUUUACGGCACCCAAUUUUUAAAACAGUUUAAUUAAGACAUGUACACACACACUAGUUCUUUAUCUUAAGCUGCUGAAAAUUACCAUACGAUGUGACUCUUGUAGAAGAUUUUAAUAAUAUUGUUUUACAAAACCUGGUGCGUAGCAUAUCUAUUGACUGAAAUGCUUUAAGCUUUUUACAUCAAACAUCUUGGUAUUUUAUUAUGCAACUACAGUUCAGUAGGAUUAAAUUUAUAUCUAUCCACGAUGUGAAAAAUUAAGGCAACUAAAACUCCAAGAUUGGAACCACUUUUGUUGUUGCUUUUUUCAAUCAAUAUCUGCGCACUAUGUUCUUAACAGACUGUAUUUAAUAGCCACCACGCACAUCCUACAUGUAUUACAAUGUGCGUGGUGGCUAAAGCUGUGUAAAGUUGUGCAAUCACAUUUUUUGCUUCAAAGUAUCACAUUUUAACACUUUUAAUUUCAAAACUUUUAAAUGUACAAAAAAUUUAAUGUUAACAUAGAUUUUCUUAAUGAUUUCGUAUAGAUAACAUAUAUUGAUAUGAUCAAAUCGGUAAUCGGCCAGUGGCAUUCAUUACGAAUAUACAGCACAUACGUACGAUCUUAGAACGAAUAUAUCUAAAAUUGUAUAUUAUAUAAUUAUACAUUCUUAAUUGUUAUAUUAUUUUAAAAAUUGGAUGAAAUAUUUCAAUACCAAUUAUUCAAGUUACGAGCUAAAAUACCUAAAAGGCCUAAGAUUUGUUAAACAUUAGGUAUGUACCUUUUUUUAUUUUAUGAAGAUAUUGUGUUUAUUGAUUUUACAGUUAUUUGGACAACAGUUCGAUAUUUUUGCAAAAUAACUGUGAUAGAUUUUUAGUUUAUUGCACAAAAUAGUACCUAGAUAUAUUUUCAUUUUAAAUAUUAAUGUAACUAAGUAGUCUCAAAUCUGUUACUGUAACUAAAUCCCAUUUAAGUACGUUUUAUAUUAGAAAAUUCCUAUUCUUGAACCAAUUUUAAACUUUUGGACAUUUCUUAAUUAAAGCAGGGUAAUUUUAGCCUGACAAUCAUGAUAAUAAAUAUAAGAUUUACAACAUUUAUGUACAACUUUCCCAUACAUAAGCGUUUUUUUUUAAUUUCGUGUAAAACCUAUCAGUUCAUAUUUUUUAAAAUAAAAUAACUAUAUUAUUACUCUGAAGUUAAUAAGCAAUUUAUGUAAAUAUUUUGGUAUUUGGUGAUGAAACUAGUGAAACGCUCGCAAAGUUAUGAUGACUUUAUGGCGGGCAUAGGUACCUACUUUAUGUGUAUAAGUAGUUUAAAACUAAAGACAUCCGUAACUCUUGAAAUUAUAACGCUGUGAGGCAAGUAGAUACAAAUAUGUUACUUGUAAAGGUAACUAAACUGUACGGCCAAUAUCUUGUCUAAGGUAAUAUUAACGGUCUUUCCUUACAUAAAAUCCAAUUUUGAAACGAGAAUUGUACUAAUCUGAAUAUCCAGUUUUCAAUAUGCAACUGGAUAUAUAUUUUUUCCUAUUAAAUUUAUUUCUAAUAUCAUACUAUUAUAUACCCCAAUGGGAAACAGGCGUGACGGUGUAUAUGUAUAAGUAUAUAAGAACAUAUUUUAUAUUAUUAGUGAAUCUUCUUUUUCUGGUUCAAUAAAGAUUUAUUUAUUUUAAA